AAUAAAUAUGAAACUUAUUGUUUUCAUCGUCUCAACAGAUAAAGGGAGCCAACUCCAUUUAUCAAAGUUCAUUGAUCCCUGUAGCAAUGAACAAGACUAUUAGACACGCUUUUCUCACGUAGAACAACACUACUAUCUGUUAUUCGACACUUUUUAGACAUAGUUUUAUAUUUGGAGAAAAAAAUUACUUUCACGUGUCUUAAUCCAUUUCAUCCAGUGGCCGUGAAAUAUAUAUAUAGGGCAUUUGUAGUGUUAUGCAAAUAGGGUAUGCAGAUCGUACUUGAUAUUCAAGACUAGCACGUGCUCACUGACUGCUAUCCAUUCGGCCUUGACCAACAUUUCGGUAGGCCAAAAAAUUGCCAAGUCAAAGGCAGUGAACGCGGCUGUUCAUGGUAUGGGUGAUGGAGAAACAAUAGGGAUAGACACUCUUGUCUUUUGUUAAAAUUUAAUUGUGUAAAAUUGCUAAAUUAACGAACGAAACUAUGGCGGCAGCAGGUUUCAGUACGCUUAAUAUGGAAUAUCUCCGAAGACAAUCGGAAAGUGACACUUCGUCUUCAGAAAGUGAAUUCAACGGUGAAAAUGCCGAGGACUUGUCGUACUCUGAUUUAGAAACUUUACCAGAUUUUUUGCUGCUGAGGUCAAAUGAACUACGUGCUUUACAGCUUGAUCACAAUGAAAUAUUAUGUCUACCAGACACGAUAUCUAGUUUUAGAAACCUGGUUACCAUGGACAUUAGUGCCAAUAAUAUGACUAUCCUCAGUCCAGAACUUGUAAAAUUACAUAACCUGAAGACUUUUAUAGCCAGGAAUAACUGUUUUGACACCGACAGUAUUCCCAAAGACUUUGGACUCAUGAGUUCACUGGAAGUACUAAAUCUGGGAGGAAACAACUUUAAAGAAUUGCCUCCACAAGUUACAGAACUAGAACAUCUGCGUUGUCUAUAUAUGGGUGGAAAUAAAAUUGAAGUGAUCAAUAGCAGUAUUAAAAGUCUAACAAACUUGGAAGUUUUAUAUCUUGGAGGUAAUUGUCUUACAGAGAUUCCAGCUGAGGUCGGCUGUUUACAUAAAUUAACAGCUCUGGUAUUAUGUGAUAAUCAAAUACAAAGUUUACCACCAACACUCAUUCAUCUACAACAAUUACGUUCUCUUAGUCUCCAUAACAACCAGAUAUCAACGCUACCUACUGCUAUAGUUUCUCUUAAUAUCGUUGAGCUGAGUUUAAGAAAUAAUCCCCUGGUAGAUAAGUUUGUACAGGAUUUAGUCUACAAUCCACCUACGUUGUUAGAACUUGCUGGUCGAUGUAUAAAGAUUGAUGGUUUACCGUACAGUAGUGAAGAAUUACCUCGUCACUUGGUGCAAUAUCUCGAUUCUGCCCAUCAUUGUGUUAACAUCAAAUGUAAAGGUGUGUACUUUUCCUCAAGAGUAGAACAAGUGAAAUUUGUUGAUUUUUGUGGAAAGUAUCGACUACCAUUAUUACAGUAUCUAUGUUCUCCAAGUUGUAGUACAGUUAUUAGUCCAUCACCAAGUUAUUCCAGUGAUAGUGAGCCGGAAGAAGAAGACAAUACAAAAGAACGGAUGAGACGAGUCUUGUUGGGUUAAAUUCUCGAAUAUUCCCAGACAGGGAGGUUAAAUUUAAAUAUUCCCCGAAAGGGAUGAAUUUUAUUAUUAAUCAGCAAAAAUUACCCCCCUAAAACAUCAUUUUUGGAUUGUAGAAAUUUGACUUUUGAAAUAUUAAACUUUAGACUUUAGUUUGUUUUGUAUUUGAUACAUUUAUUUUUAACGCUUUAAGUGCUAAUCUUUAUAAUGUACGAGAAUUAGAGAAUUCUCAAAGUUCUAAACAAAACGUCCAUUAAAAUUACUGAAUUAUGUUUCUGGUUGAACUUGUUACACUUGUGGCCUUAUAAAUCUGGCAGCUACUAAAUAAAAUAAGUUGACCAUAAACAACAUAAUUAAUUGGUGUAGGCUUUUUAUUUUUUGUUAUGAUAUGCACCAAUAUGGUUGGGCAAACUGUUUCCUAUGAACAAAUUCUGUGAAUAUUAAUGUCAGUAUAAGAUACAAUUAAAUUUAAAAUACUGUUAAAUAGACUUCUAUAUAACAUUGUUUUACGCCCACGUUUAAUGUUGAGGUAUACAUACAUGUAUUGUAGUUGCCUUCCUACAUCGUCUAUCCACAAUUUCUACAGAUCAGAGUUUUUGUUGGAUUUGUUCAAAUUCCCAUGGAUUGUUAAAUUUCUAUGUUUUGGAAAAAUAUAUUGUAUUAAUUAAAUUUGUUUUAUAGAAAAUCUUAGCGUUAGUCCCCCUCCCCCUUACGUUAUAUACUUUAUUUUAACAAUUAUUUUAUUACUGUGAUUUAUAAUAUGGUAAUUAAGUUAUGUUGGCAUUGAGAUAUGUUGUGUGUGUCGUAUUAUAUUUACAUUUAUCACUCAGGGAUUGAAAAUAUUUUAUAUAAUUAUAUAAUAAUAGGUAAAUAAACAUUGCAAUUAAAAAAAAAAGCAAUUAUUUUGAAUAACACCUUUUUUUGAUAUCUUUCUUUGAUUAUGAAAGUUAAAAACAGAUUUACAAGAGGCAUUUAGUUAAUGUCUUUUUGUAUUAUGAUGUUAUAUUAAAGGACAUGGUUCAUCUCUUUCUAUAUUUUUAUAAAACUUAGACCGAUACGUCAGUUAAUCCACAGAAUAAAUUCUGGAUGACCCUGUUCAGGUACUACUCAGUAUUAGAGAAUGUGUUAGCGAUGUCGCCAACACGGCCAGAUCUUUCAUUGUGGCAUCACCAAGCUUAGAAAUGAUGGUACACCAGUAAUUUAGUCAGACAAAUUUGAUUUUUUUGAAAGUCUAAAUUAACUUUCAGUUGUUUUACUAACCUUUCUAAUUGACAGUUGUGAAAUGGUUAAAUUAGUAUGACAUUUGAACAGAGGCUUCACAAAGGUCUUUUAUAGCUGUCAACAUUAUCUAUCUUUGUUAAAAUAUAGAAAUAGGUUGACCAUCUCCUUUAAGUUGUUAAAAUAUAGAAAUAGGUUGACCAUCUCCUUUAAGUUGUUAAAAUAUAGAAAUAGGUUGACCAUCUCCUUUAAGAUACUGUGAUGGAAUAUAAACUAGAAUAUCAUUCCAAUCUAGUAUAUUACUAAGAUUACAUAGUUGGUUUGAUAUAUUAUAAUGUAUGUUAUAUACCAAAUCUGAUAAUGUUUAUAUAUGAAGAGUAUUAUUUUAUUCUUCCUUUAAGUAUAUUGUAUUUCAAAUCUAGUCCUUAUUGAAAUAGGGGUUUUCGAUGGCUGAAUGGUUAGCGUGCGCGCGCUGUAUCAUAAAGUCUGUCAUUGAGUCAACUGACGUGGUUUCGAAUCCCCGGUUGUACGUGACAAGGAGUAGGGUCGCCUGUCCAACCUCGUGGGUUUUCUCCGGGUCCUCCGGUUUCCUCCCACUGCUAAAGACCCCUAUGCGCAAGCGAAUUAUUGAAAUAAAAUUAAACCAUAUGUUAGUCCCGAAAUGACCUAGUUUGUGUCGAGUGGACGUUAAACCCCAUUUCUCUCUCCCCUUAUUGAAAUAAAUCGGUCACAUUAAAUGAUAGAAAUUAAAGGAACCUUCCCCAAUUAUUUUAGGAAAUAAAACUGACCAUGUACAACUAUUUGAUGAAAUAUCAUCAGGAUUGUUGUGAUUAUCAAGUCAUAUAUAAAUAUUGAUAUUCCAGAUGUAAGAACUAAAUCUACAUAUUACACAAAAGUUUUUAUUUUGGCUUGUAAUGUUGUGAUUAUCAAGUCACACAUAUAAAUAAUGAGAUUCCAGAUGCUUUAUGUAAGAGCGAAAUCUUCCUAUUACAAGAUUUUAUUUUGGCUUGUAAUGUUAUAUAAAUUAUCAAAAUCUCUAACUUUAAUUUACAUACUUAAAAUCUCUGUGAGAUUUGCAUAUUCCAGAUAAUAUCAAAUCUGUCAUGGUUUAAUCUAUACUAAAAUUAGUUAAUAAUUCAUGAUGAAAACAGAAUAUCAGUGGUAGAUGUUCUCCCUGAGGCCUAUCAAUAGAGUUCAGAGAAACUGAGAGGUGGUUAUAGCUGAAACAAAACAUCUCAAAAAUGACAUAAAAACAAGCAUGACAUUCAGUCAAAAUGACCAAAGAUUGGUCUUGACAGCUAUAAAAAUCAAAAUGAUCAAAUAAGUAGUUUUAUUUAAAAAGAAUCCAGUGAUAUUAUUAGAUAAAUUUUGACCAUAUAUUUAGUUGUUUUGUUUAAGAUAAAUUUUGGUUUACAACUAAUUUGACCAUAUCCAGGUUUCAUAUGUCUGCGGAGCCACAGUGGCUAAGUGAGUAAGAUGCUGGUUUGAUUCCCCCAGUGUCGUUUGAGAAAGUUUAUCAGGAUUUUCCGGCAUGUUUUCUCCUUGUCAGUUGGAUAGGAUGAAAAACCGAGGUCCUGUGUACACACUGGCGUGCAAUUGGAAUUUGAUAUAAGAGUAGGCUGUAGCACCGCUGUCUGGGCAAAAUUCCCCGCAUUGUAGUCAUAGCACACUGUAUGGCAUAUAUGCCCGUCUUCAUUAGCCCAGUCAGACGUUAAACCUCAUUGUAAUUCAUCAUAUCUUUGUUAAUACUGAACCAAUUUUAUUCCUUUUAUAGAGAUCCAAUUUUAACAAUAUUGUAGUCUGAAAGGGAUUAACAAGCCUUCAGAUUUGAAAGGGAUUAACAGGCCUUCAAAUGAUAUUAAAUCUACUGUUAUUUAGUGUGUUCUUGGACCUACCCUUUAUAUAAAUAGCUUACCAAAAAUAACAUUGUUUAUGAUAACAAGAAUAUUACCAUCAGAUAUAUCGUGGGUGAAGUGUCAAAAGGGUGUAUCUAAGAAUUUCUGAAGAUUAAGAAAUAGAACCUUUUGCAUUUCAAAAUUUUCACAAAUCAAGAUACAACAUUUGGACACAUGAUACCCAGAACAGUUCUAAUUGGCGUAGAGAUACACAGCUUAAGACAGAAAUGUGCAUAUUAAUUGUGAGAUUUUAAAAAUGCAAAAAAGUGUACAUGUAUUGGACUAAUUUCCUGAGAUACACCCUUUUAACACUUCACCGACAAUAUGCAGUCUUACGUCUCAGCUAAAAUGCGAUCUGAAAAUACAGUAGGUGUUUAUAAAUUUAAUAUUAAAUAAAAUAAACCGCUAGUGUGAUAUUACUUCCUAACUUGAAAGUUUGUUUUAUAAGCAAAAAGUUAUUUCCAGGUUAAUACUGAAUUUAGUAUUAUUACAUCCAUACCAAAAAUAAACCAUAUAAUUUCUGUUGUAUUAAUUAUGUAAUAUUUCAUCCAUAUCGAAUAUCAUAUAAUUGGGUAGGUGUUUUUUUAUUUCCAUAAACCAUUACCAUUAUUUGACUCUUGUGUUAUUUCAUCCAUACCGAAUACCAUAUAAUUUGGUGGUGUUUUUUAUUACAUAAACAAUCACCAUUUGUAUUGUUUUAAUCUUGUGUCAUUAUGGGUUUCCCAUAAUGAAAACCAUUGUAUUAAUUUACUUAUUACAUUCAUACCCAACGGUCUAAUUUGAUGUUUCUUAUUAUUAUAUCCGUACUAUUUCCAUUAUAACAAUCUUGGAAAGGAUUACUCUAAAGUCUGAUCAAGUUAAAAGGUUAUCCAAAAUUACAUUUUUAAUGUCGCUCAUUAACCAAAUUUAUCGCAAUAACCACUCUGGUACUUUGUAUUAUUUUGAUGGGGGUUGUAUGACCGAAUUGUUAGCGCAUGUUUGCUGUAUUGUAAGGUAUGACAUUGAGUCAACUGGCGUGGUUUCGAUACCCCAGUUGGACAUGACAAGACGUACAGUCACCUGUCCAACCUUGUGGCUUUUCUCCGGGUCCUCCAGUUUGCUCCCACUGCCAAAGACCCCCUACGCACAAGCGAUUUAUUGAAAUAAAAUUGAACCAUAUGUUAGUCCCGAAAUGACCUAGUUUGUGUCAUGGACGUUAAAUUCUAUUUCGCUUUUUCCAAUACAGUACUGGUGUUUUAACAUAUGAGGUUGUAUUUGAACAUUAGCAAAUUAAACUACAGAAUAAACAAGCUAUUCAAACCACUAUAACUUGUAUAAAAAGAAGUUGUAAGAAGUUGAUGAGAACACCAGUUUGUUUGAGUAGGAAAGGGGUCAGCUGUAUCAAUAUGUUUGAGUAGGAAAGGGGUCAGCUGUUUCAAUUUAUAUUAUUGUUGUGUAUUAUUUAAAUGCUUAUAUAUUACAUUCUGUCUAGUCCUCUUAGUAUAAUGUAUGUACAUGUAUAUAUAUGGAUGGUUGACAUUGAACCUGGCAAAAUAAAACUACAUUUUUAUGCUAAUGUUUUCACCGUGAUCGCGGCUCUUCAGCCAUAUAUUAAACAAUUAUUCAAAUAACAAUAGUCUAUGACAUCACAACAUCAUAGUUAAAUUAUAAAUUUAGUGUUUUUCCUUUAUAUAGACUUAAUAAAUAGCAAAAACAACAACCUCUUGAAGGCAAAAGAAAGUUAUUUUAUUGAAAAAUACGACCUGAAACUCAAUUCUAAAUAAGAGAGUAAUUAAAUAAAGUAAAAUAAAAACCGUGAUGGGAUUGAAUAUUUGUUGUCUGUAGGCUACAGAGUAAUUUCCCUUGCCUGUAUAAUUUAACUAUUGUUAAUUGAAUUAUUGUUUUUGCAAUGAAAACAUUAGCAUAAAAAUGUAGUUUUAAUAUGCCAUCUUUAAUAUCAAUUAGAUAUUACCAAAGAGCAGCAUUGAUUAACUAUUCUACAGUAUAUAUAGGUACCUGUGCUAAUUUAUCUGUUAUUAUGUACUUUUUGAUAUAUAACUAUUUCAAGCAUGCUACAUAGUUUAAAUAAACUAUUCGUGUAUGUUGCAUGAAUCUAGAA